AUGAGUGAACACUCUGAAAACUCUAGUAUAAAAGAUAAAGCUGCAUUCAUUGCUUUGCUAGCAAAACACAGUGCUAAGCCCUCCCCAGCUGGGCAAGAAUGGGCUCAAAAUAAUUGGUUCAACCUGGAAAAUGUAACUGAUAGAAUUCGCUCCCUGCAACAUGAGUCAAAGUUAAAAUUUGGCCGAAAUAAAACCAUAAUUUGUUCUGUAUUGGGAGCUUGCCUUAUGUCAGCUGUAGAGGCUCGCACGAGACGAAGGCAGGAAGAAAAUGCAAUUAUUGAAUCCCUACAAAAUUUAGUUGAAAGUUUGCAAAAUGAAAAUAAUUUGUUACGAACUGCUCUGAGUGAGGAGUGUGCCAAAAAUUCACAGUAUGCUGACUCCUUUAAGGAGUCGUUGGAAAAAGAAACUCCUCAGAUAAAUCACAUAAAUUCUCAAGCAGAAUUACAUUUGGUAAAAAAUUGUGGUGAAAACUGUUGCUCCCAAAUAAGACCUUUGAUUAAAACAGAAUAUAAUUAUAUCAGUGAUGAAGAUCUUGAUCCACAUAUAACCGCUAAAGAAAUCCCGUACACUGCUACUGAAUUGGCUAAGUUGAAAAAGGUGUAUGAUCAUCUCCCUCACGAGUCAGAGACAGAAUACAUAUUCUGAGUGUCUCUCACAGGGGGAGAUCAAAUUCGAUUAUCUGAACAAGAAGCAAGUGGUUAUUGGGGACAUGGUGUUUUCUUAACAACAGGAGAUAACUGCAACCCAUGGUCCCUAACACAGCGAGCUGCAUAUUGGGCAGGGGGACUUAACCCCCUGGAAAGGGGAGAUCCUGUAGCUCUGACUGGCUCCCCAGAUCAAAUUCUAGAAAACAUUCAUAAGGCAGCUUGUCUACAACUGAUUCAUGAAAGAAAAUUAAUUGUUGGUUCUGAAUCACCAAUGUUGUUACCCGUGAAAGCUGAAAUUAUGACCCCUUUAAUUUGUGGUCUUCCAGAAUCACUGAAACCUACAGCAAUUCUCCUCCAAACAACCAUAGAUGAUAUCCUUGUGGGAGGAGAUGAAAAAGAAGUAAUAAAAAAUAAAGAUGCUGAAAAGAGGUACACUACCUGGGAAAAGGGAUUGUUUGUAGUUAAUUCAGCUCUCAUAGAAGUAGAAAAAAUUGCACAACAACAACCAAUUGCAUUAAAAGGCCCUUUUGAAAUUACAAAGACAGUCACUACUGGGACUCUCCACCCUGACGGGGUGACCCAGAGGGCCUCAGUGAGAAAGUGGUAUGCUGAGAUAGAACAUUACUCUAACAUCUUCUCAAUAACAGAAGGAGCUGUAAAAAAUCAGGUGAUACCAAAAACUGAGAGCUUAAGUAGCAGCCAUGACAAACCUGACCUGAUAAUUAAAGAAACCCCUCUUAACAUAAAAACAGAAAAGGGUAGGCUGAUUUCUAGCUUACAGUAUUGGUGGAACUUGGGGGUGAAGAAAGGGGUACCAAAGGGUUUAAUGGUUAACCUGCCGCUUGAAAAAUUAAGUAAAUUGGUCUCUCAGUGGCAGGAUUCCAGCCCCAUUGUACCAAGCGCUCCACCUCACCCUCAACUGAUUCUGGGCAGUGGGCCAAAGCAACACCACUCACAGGUUCUGGACAUGCCUGCUCCAAUUGGAAUGAACUUUACUCUGGUAAGGCAAUUGUUGCUUCACCAGGAUUUAAUCGAAAUUUUGGAAAAGAUCAAAAAGGAUGGACAAAAGACCUUAGUUACAGUUCACCACAAUGUGAAAGGAAUACAUCGUGUUUUGGAAAGAGUAAGGAAAGAUGCUGAGCACGAGUGGUGGGACACUGUUUUUGGGUGGUCACCAACUGCUACAGGUGUUUUGAACAAAUUGUGUCAUCCCAUCGUUGUCCUCUUGGUUUUAGUUUUACUUCGUUUUGUUCUAUCAGCAAUCUUGUACAUCCUGAAUUGGAGAAUGAUGAAGAGGUUGACACAAUUGACUUCCAUAAUGGAUGCACACAAUUUGAUUGGUACUUUACAUGUUGCUGAUACCCCUAAGGUUAUCGAUACUUGA